AUGCCCCCGGGCAUGCUACAGUGUUAUUUCGUGUCCACAGAAAUCCAAGAUAAAUACGCGAACCUCUUCCAAUGCCCCAGCAAUGGUAACUGGAAGAACAUGACAUGUAGUACCCGAGCAGACGCGGAAACGGCCUGCGGCGAAGAUGCUAUGGGCUCGUGGAUAUGGACCGCAGGAGGAAACGUUACUUCAGCUCAGAAUGGCGCCUCGACGUGCGAAGAUAUGGGAUCUGGCAAUACGACCGCGUGUACAACGGCUGCGACUGAUUCAACUGCGACAGUAACGGCGUCAGCGACGACAUGCCCAGAAUCGUCUUCAUCUCAUCCGUCUACAGUUGCACUCGGAGCUGGUCUCGGAGCUGGUCUGGGCAUACCUCUCCUGAUAUCCACAGCACUUUUGAUAUAUUGCGAAAUCUCAAGGCGACGACUACUAGCUAGCUCCCAGCUGGGCAUAAACCAGCAAACUGCGCGGGUGCCAACACGUCCUUCGGAGUUGGAUGGGGGCCUUGUGGCUGCUGAAAUGGCAGAUAAAACGGGAAUGCGAUCCGAAUUGCAAGGAUCGUAA